CUGAGGUUGCAGGCCUUGCCGAUGAAGGAUUCCAUUGGGUCAAUCCGGUACAUAAAAUCGGUUGCCAUGGGAGAAAUACUGGGAUGUGCACAUACCGAAAUUUUAGUUAUCAUAUAGAUAAGAAAAUAAAUGACGUCGUAUAUCGCAUCCAGAACGAUGGUGGGGCAUCGCGUAGACACUUCCUAAUUGACAUUUUAGUUUUUAUUUGCAUUAUCAUUUGUAGCAACCAAAAGUUCAAAAGAUUUGUUAAUAUAAACGUGAAGAAAGGAACAAAUUUAAAAAUCUAAACAUAGGAUUUUGUAUUCUAGUGUGAUCUGUAAUUGGAUAAUUCCAUCAGCUGGGCAAGUGACCUAACUUAUUUUAGUGAACCCUGUGACAACCUUUUUAAAUUAGCCUUGCAAUUUUACUAUCAAUUGGCACGCAGCCAAAUUAAAUAAAACAUAUGUGAUUAUAUUGUAUUUGGAAAAUUUAACUGACUACUAGAUUAAAAUGUACCAAGGGGAAGAAGUACCUCACAAAAAACAUAAACCUGACUCCGACGGCAUUCUUGUCGAGAAGGUUGACUCAGCACAUGCCGCGCCGUGCUCAAAUCCAACUUUACCCUCAACAUCUGUACUGCAGCGACCUAAAAUUUUAUGCAAAAACACCAAGUUUAGCUAUUUUGAAACUUGUGGAAAAAGAUUUGUUUGGAAAUCAUUGAAACAGAUUAUAACUCAGGAGAGAUCACUUAUUUGGCCGGAUGAUAUAAUUUUGUAUAAUUCUUUGAAUGCACCUCCGUCUCUAAAACCACCUAAGAAGUAUUCUGAUAUAUCCGGAUUACAUGCACCCUACACCGAUCCGCAAACGAGACUGCACUACCAUAACUCUGACGAAUUCCGAAUUAUUCGCACUUUACCGUCCGACAUAGUACAGGGUUAUUUAGCACUUAGAGGAGCCACAAAUAUUGUAGGUUAAUAAUACUUUUAAGAAUUUUGACAACAUAAAAUUAAUAUUGUUUAACAAUUUUUAAAACGGUUAUUAAAUUGGAUGAAUAUUCGAGAUGUCACUUUUUUGAAAA